CUAAGCCACGAUGCGGAUGGCACGAAAGGAAGGCAGAACAAGCCCACAGCGAUAGCCCGUCUGUGAUAACGAACGCUGUAGAUAUUUGUUAAGCCAUCAGCAACCUCCUCGCCAACAGUCAGUGUAGUCAUGUACCGUUUCUCGCUUUACCGGCUAGUGGUGGUGCUGUGUGUGAUAACCAUCGGCUACACGACCGUACGCUGGUGGCAGCUUAUGUUUGGCCAUGAUUCCGGUAGCAGUGGUCCACCGUUUCAGCAUACCUGCAACAUGACCGAACCUUACCGCCAGGAACUGGAGCGACUGUUCGAAAGAGUACACCGGUUACUGGGGCAACACGGUCUGACCCACUUUCUCUGUUACGGUACGCUCUGGGGCCAGAUACGCAUGGCACGGAUGCUACCGUGGCGGGAAAAGGCCGAAUUCUGUGUACUGAACGAUGAGCUGAUGCGCCACGAGGAAGCCCGGUUCAUUCGCAGCUUCCUCGCGCACCAACUGCAGAUACGCUACCUUCACUCGGAAGGCAUCUAUCGGAUAUUUGCGAACGAACCGGCAUCCGUUACCGUGCCACCGUACGUUGAGCUGAUCGUAUUUCAGCUCGAUGAAACGCAAGGAAUGUACAAACGCGUCGGUUGGAAACGGAGACUUCUGCCGCCGCACUGCGACUGGACACCCUCGUUGGAUUGCUUUCCGAUGGUCCUGCUGCAGGGCUCGCUUUCUACCCGCCCCCUAGGGCCAUCGAUCUACACCGUUCCGAUGGGUGGCAUCGAGAUACAGAAGUACCACUACCCAGACAACUGGUGGAAGGACGUGAAGGAGCGCAACUGUAAUCUCAAUUAGAACGGCAGCGGACAGUACGCCAUCGCGAGCGACAAGUACCUUCACUGGAACGAGGUUUCCCAGUUCGUUUUCGCUGUAAAGUUUGUGGCAAAACACAUAGUAAGCCACAGAAGCCAAGCAACGGUUGCUCAGAAGAACGCAGCAGAAGCACUCUCUCGCGGAAUCCUGUCGUUCGCCCUAGGAUUAUCAUUUCUUUCCAACAUCCGUUGUUUUCUCAACGUCGCUACUGGCCAAAUAAAAGCCAACAAAAACAUAUCUCACUCGCCUUGUUAUCGCUAUCCAACUGCUUUUCUUGGCAUAUACACAGGGUGUUGAAAUAGAGUUUAUUGUUGGUUUUGUUCUUUUUCACAUAACUUCAUUUAGUCAUUACGUCGCGACUGUUGCAUCGACUGUGGUAGGUCCGAUUGACCGUUGACCGUAAAAUUUCGAUUUUCGGCGUGCAUGUCCCGGCGUACACGCCCGUUGGAAUCACUUUCCCUAGCUUCUCGUUUCCUAAAACAGAGUAAUGAAGACCGUCACUCGGUCCGCGUAUCGGCAUUUGGCCAAUAGUGCAUCUUCCAGAGAACCGAAUCUAAUUGACACAAAAAUGGCAAGCCAAAGCACAAUCUCAAUUCAUAACAGCACCCUUUGUGUCUCGAAAGGAACAUCCCUCGAGGGUUUUUCACAUAAGUAAUUGACUUGCCGAAGCAGGAAACGAUUCCAUCGAACCUCCUCCUCCGACGAUGAUUUCCAUCCAACAGAAACAUAUUCACCAUUUACAUGUAUUCAAUACGACGACCAUGGGAUAAACUGGUAAUUUCAAAAAGUACAUUUCAAAAACGCUCGCACGCAGACGGAAGAAGAAGAACUUAAAUUUAGCUGCAUAGAAAAAGAUUUCGGCUUGCUCUGCGGCGCACUCGGCGCGCUUUCGAAAGCUUGACUGCCACGGAAUGGUCCCGCUUAACUAGUCCUCUCGCGGUUAUUUCUCUGUCAGAAGAGCACGAUCGUACAACGUUCACCGAUCGAUCGAGUGGAAGCCAAUGUGCCAAUGCCAUUCGCCUUCCCGAUCACCGUUGAUCAUCGUGUGGCCAACGUAGCGCCGCCUGUCCCGUUUUGUUUCCCGUUUUCUUUUGUGUGUGAGCUGGUACCGUGCCAUGCACGAGCGCCCAAUGAGAAUCACUCCACCGGCAUGGACGACAUCUUCUAGACAUCCGCCACACGUGCCGAGGGCGAUGGAGAGUUUUCGCCAAACAACUAAUCUUCUAACUAGCGCAUUAACGGUUGGCCACCGAAGAUCAUGGACAAUGCAUACGCGCACACGAAGCAUUACGGUCAACAGCAACAGCCUCCGGGAGGGGGAACGGGGGGGGGGGGGGGGGUGAAACGUCGGUUGCAACGAGAACCGCUCGAUGCAAUCUGUUUUACAGUGUGUCUGCGUGUCGCCCGCUAUGCUCGGACUGUGUCCACUUCCAAACCAACUACACGUCCCACACGUUUGUCCCCCGCUGUCUCUAUCUUCUUCUUCUUCUUCAUCUUCUUCUCCGUAGGUAUCCCGAGGAGGGGUGGGGGGAUAUAAACUUAACAAAACGCUGUACUUAGUUGAUGGUGCGUUGAUGCGUAUUGACUGCGUCCCGAGGACAGAUGGCUCCACCACUCGCGUCUCACAUCCGCUUCUCGCUCGCUCGAUGCUUCAAA